GCGGCUGCCUCCACACCGACGACUCAAGAAACAUGCAACUAGCUACAUUCAUUGCCUCAAUCAAUAGUGUCACGGACGUCAAAGUAUCGAUUCGCAACUCCUCAUGGUCCGGCGAAGCCUCUCCAACCCACCGAACCAAACGCGGAAUCUCAUUCCUGAACCGGCGAGGUUGGACUUUCCAAGAGUAUGUGCUGGGCGGGAGAAUGUUGCAUUGUACCAGCCACGAACUGGGCUGGCAGUGUCAAGAAACUUAUUCCUGCGAGUGUCGCCCGCUCUUUCCGUUGGUACCUGCUCUAGCCGAGUUUAAGAAGCUAGUCAUUGGUCACUUGACCGUUGGUGGGCAAAAAUUGAGCGACAACGUACACCAUCAUCCCCAGUUACAUAGUACGUGGCGAGAUCUGGUGCACGAGUACGCGAAACGUAACUUCACUGUCAGCACAGACAAUCUACCUGCUUUAUCUGGCUUUGUCACUGCUUUGUCUAGAAGAUAUCCUCAAUGCUUUAGACGCGAAGAUUAUAUGUUUGGGGUGUGGCGUGGGGAUCUAGUGCGGCAUCUACUCUGGAAUACUGGGGCUCUUCAGGGCCCCUCGCGCCGCUUGCCACUUGAUAAUGCCCCAUCUUGGUCCUGGGCAUCACGUGGAACCAGCGGCAUUGGAUACAAGGAGAUGCGGUGGGCCAGAGUUGGGCUACAGAUUACCGAGUUAGUUAAGGUUGUCAAUGUCUCCUGUAUACUCACCACCGAGAACCCUUUCGGGCCUGGCAAAGGACAGCUAUCCUUGCACGGAACAUUGCAACCAGUACGACUGCACUGGACUGCACCGAAGCAGCUUUCUGAAUUUUCAAAUGUGCUGAGUCGGUCAGGCACACCGAUUGACUACAUAUCACUCGAACUGGACGAUGGUUCUGGUGCUGAGGUUGAUCCAGAUUGCCAGCACUACUUUUUGGCUCUCGCUACUUGGACUCUCAGUUAUGAGGUCCACGGAGUCUCUUACGAUAUCUGGCAUGGAGUCUUGAUAGCCCCAAUGCCAGGUACAGUCGACUCGUUUCGUAGAGUUGCUUAUGCGCAUACGAAAGGCUUGAGCACGGGAGAGGACCUUUCAACUUGGGAACUCCCCUUGAACGAAGAAAGGACGUUUAAUCUUAUUUAAUGAACUAAUAGGGUCAGAGAUACAUAUGUUUCUAGACUUGAUGAAAAGUGGGUUUUAUUUAGAGAGGUGGGAGAGUCUGGGAAACCAAUCUAGCCUUCCCGAUGUGAGCUUCACCUCGCUACGUUAUAUAGAAGUAUGACGACCAGCUUUGCUGCUCACUCUCGCCUAGAGAAACGAAAGAAUACGAGCGUCGAGGAGAUUUCUACCCUGGUA